UCUCGAGCUUCCCAAAUGCCUUACCAAUUCUCCCCCUUCCUCCUCCUCCUCCUCCUCCUCCACUGGCUUGGGGGCUUAUCAGGAGUUUUAGCUGAUAAGCCACAAUUAUAUGGUUUAUUUUUGGGCAAAGGAUUCAUCUUCUUUGCUGCAUUUGGUCUCUUUUUCUUGUCUUGAAGGGUAAUUAUAUCCCUGUUUCCUUCUUUCCUAGUUGUGCGAGGGGCGUGAGAGAGGGUUUAUUUGAUAAACGAGCUAUGGCUGGUGGUCUUGCUCUGCUGCUUCAUGUGAUGCUAGUUCUGGUGCCCUUUGCUGUGGCUGGGCAUGACUAUGGGAAGGCUCUUAGCAAGAGCAUUCUCUUCUUUGAGGCCCAGAGAUCCGGGUACCUUCCCAGCAACCAGAGGGUCACUUGGAGAGCUAAUUCUGGGCUCCUCGAUGGAAAGGCCAACGGGGUAAAUCUUGUUGGUGGAUACUAUGAUGCAGGAGACAAUGUGAAAUUUGGGCUGCCCAUGGCCUUCACCAUCACCAUGAUGUCUUGGAGCAUUGUGGAGUAUGGCAAACAGAUGGCUGGCAGCGGAGAGCUAGGUCAUGCCAUGGAUGCUGUGAAGUGGGGAACGGACUACCUCAUUAAAGCCCACCCAGAGCCCAAUGUUCUAUAUGGAGAGGUGGGCGAUGGAAACACAGACCACUCCUGCUGGCAGCGGCCGGAGGACAUGACAACCAGCCGCCAAGCCUACCGCAUCGAUGUCAACCACCCCGGGUCGGACCUCGCCGGAGAGAGCGCCGCUGCCAUGGCUUCCGCCUCCCUUGUCUUCCGCCGCUCCGACCCGGCCUACUCCAACCAGCUCCUCACCCACGCCAAGCAGUUGUUCGAGUUCGCCGACAAGUACAGAGGCAAGUACGACAGCAGCAUCACCGUCGCUCAAAAGUAUUACCAAUCUUACAGCGGAUACGACGAUGAGUUGCUGUGGGCCGCGGCGUGGCUUUACCAGGCCACCAAUGACCGUUACUACCUCGACUAUUUGGCGAACAACGGCGAUGCUCUGGGUGGGACCGGGUGGGGCAUGGCCGAGUUUGGCUGGGAUGUCAAAUACGCUGGUGCUCAGGUUCUCGCCUCCAAGUUCCUUCUUCAAGGGAAGGCAGCCGAACAUUCUUCAGUUUUGGAGAGGUACCAGCAGAAGGCGGAGUUGUUCAUGUGCUCGUGCAUCGGGAAAGGCAGCCGCAACGUGCAGAGGACCCCCGGCGGCCUGCUGUUCCGACAGAAUUGGAACAACUUGCAAUUUGCGACGAGCGCCUCUUUCCUGCUCACCGUUUACUCCGACUACCUUUCUUCUGCUGGGAAGACCGCACAGUGCUCUUCCGGGACUGCUACCCCCUCUGAGCUCCUUGCCUUUGCCAAGUCUCAGGUGGAUUACAUACUUGGAGACAACCCAAGAGCUACGAGCUACAUGGUGGGGUAUGGAAGCACCUAUCCACAGCAGGUCCACCACCGAGCAUCCUCUAUUGUGUCCAUCAAGGUCAAUCCAUCGUUUGUGAGCUGCACCGGAGGAUAUGCCACUUGGUUCCGCCGCAAGGCCAGUGACCCCAACCUCCUCGAUGGCGCCAUUGUAGGUGGCCCGGAUGCCUACGAUAAUUUUGCCGAUGAGAGAGAUAACUAUGAGCAGACCGAGCCUGCGACCUACAACAAUGCUCCCGUUCUCGGCGUAUUGGCUCGCCUUAAUGGUGGCAACGCUGGUUUCAAUCAACUUCUUCCUGUGGCCGUUCCCACACCUAACGUGCCUGCGAAGAAUGAAAAGCCGAAAACCUCACCUCAGCCUAAGCAGUCUCCUGCUCCAGCUACUAAAGCUCCCUCGCCACUUACCGUUGAACAAAAGGCAACUACAUCAUGGAUUGCCAAGGGUAGAACAUACUACCGGUAUUCUGUUGUGGUAACCAACAAAUCAUCGAAGACUGUAAAAGAUCUCAACAUUUCAAUAUCCAAGCUUUUUGGCCCGUUGUGGGGACUCAACAAGUCACGCUAUGGUUACGGAUUCCCGACAUGGCUCAACUCCCUGUCUGCUGGCAAGAGCCUCGAGUUUGUGUACAUCCACCCUGCUUCUCCAGCUGACGUCUGGAUUUCUGGGUAUAAGCUUGCCUGAAGAUCGUCUGAAAGUGGAGAAGGAUCAAUCGAAGAAAACGUAGUGUUUGUGUAGGUUAUAGAGUUACUGUUCAGGAUGGUGUUUUCUCUGCCGCUGUGCGUUUGGUAAGAAGUCCUUGGAUUGUAUCAAUAAGAGUGUGAAUGGGGAGAAAGGAGUGAAGAGACAGGAAUGGGAGUGCUCAUCCUCUUUCUCCUCAUCUUUUAUUAGUCUAUAGAGUUUCGGAGAGACCGAGUGGAAAAUAGAUGGGAUGUGACUGGGCUUCUCAAAUAGUUGGGAGUGUUCAUCCUCCUUUUCCACAUUUUCUUCUUGUUUCCUGUUCUUCCUUCUUCACAAACUACCUGUGGUUGUAGUCACAGAUGUAAGCUUCAAGCUUUCUUUGCUAUAUCAAUGGAGAUUGCGUAAUAUUGUGUUA